AUGUCUCCAAAGAGCCCCUCGCCAUCCGCCGACGACUCCAAUCCACGCGCUGCCCCCCGCCCAGCGACUCGCCAGACCCGGUCCGACUUUUAUCUCGAGCCAAACCCGUUUGAAGAGUCGUUCAAGGCGCCCUCUGCAGCUGCCUCCAAUGUCCGCAACUCCUCCCCGCCCCGCGAUUCCUCCUCCGCCCAGGACUCCCGCCCCGACGACCCCGAGCGGCCCCAGUCCCGCUCCCAGUCCCGCUCCUCCCACCAGCGCAGCGCCUCUCCCUCCCGGCCCGUGCUGCCCCCGCUCGCGUCUAUCUCGUCGCCCGCGGACUCGUCCUACUCGUGGGGCUACAACCCCAACUCGAUCAACUCCCUCAGGUCCGGCCCACUCUCUCCCGCCAUGCUCGCUGGUCCCCAGCCAUCCACCGACCAGUCACACCUCGCCUUCGAUCCCGCCAACUUCCGCACCGGCCUCACUCCCCGCACUGGUCUCACCCCUAGGACGGGUCUCACCCCCGGCACUGGUCUGACGCCCCUCGUCGGCGCCUUUCCCGCCUCUCCCGGCACCGCAGCCUUCCUUGCCAUCAUGAAUGGCAACAACCCCAACGGUGCGCCCUCUGGUGCUACCAUUACCCCCAACACGCUCAAUGCUAUCACAGGCGUCCUCAACAACAGCAAUACCUACCAGUCUUCCGCUCUCCACCACCAGCCACAGCCCAACCAGGACAAUCCCUCUUCCGCAUAUAUUCCUACCGCUGCCAAUGCUGCCAGCUCUGCCGCUAAUGGUCUUUUCCUCCUUUCCCAGGCCCAUCAGGAGCUCACAAAGCGUGAGGAGGCCCAGGCGCGUGCUAGCAAUUCCACAGCUGCUGCCGCCGCCGCCGCCGCUGCUGCUUCUGCCAAUGGCCCCCCCAACGGUAAGCGAGGCGCUAAGCGCAAAUCCUAUGACGCCAUGUCCCCUCCCCCCACAUCGGCUACCACAAAGCCUCCCGGUAAGCGCACCCGCGCUGCUGCUGCAAACGGCAGAUACAAGUCCAGUGUCCGUGGCGCUUCGGAGGAUGUCGAUGACGAUGACGACGAGGGUGAUGAUGACGAUGGCCCCGAUGCUGAUGAGAACGACGAUGCUGCCAGCAAGCGCAUCAACAAAAAGCCAGAGACCGAAGAGGAGAAGAGAAAAAAUUUCCUGGAACGAAAUCGUCAAGCCGCUCUCAAGUGUCGACAACGGAAAAAGGCAUGGCUUGCCCAGCUUCAGGCAAAGGUUGAAUACCUUUCCCAGGAAAAUGAGCGUCUAACCGCUGCUCUCAUUUCUUCGAGAGACGAGAUCUCUCGGCUAUCUGCCCUAGUAGGCGGAGCAGGCGUCGUCGGCUCCAUACCGGCAAACACUCAUUCAAGUUCUCAACCCGUCAGUGUGAAUGUCGCCCUGGCUGGCAAAGCGAACGGUGCCGCCGCUGUCUCAGGCCCAGGCGGUGGGCGAUCAUCUGGUUACGGCUACUGA